AUGGGCUGCGACCAGGACCAGCAAUCCACGCUGAUAGCAAACGGGGAGACCAGCAUUUGCCGGUCAUAUAUGGAAUCCCCAUUCUGGGGUAGCGAGGGAGAGUGUGGAGUUCAAGGAGGCUUUCGAGUGCACUGCUUCUAUGGUCUUUGCUGCGGCCGGGGGUUUAAAGCUUGUGACAGCGGGCAAUGCUGUGACUAUAUGAACUGCGGCCGCUCACCACACUGGCCAGAUUUUGAUCAACAUUGCUACAACUUCGACUUUACAGCUACAAACUUGAAUGUUGAGGAAAUAUCAGGUGAGGGCUUUUGGCUGCUCAAUGUGAGCGGCGCUAGCCGGCGGCUGGAUGGCGCUCUCGAGGCCAAUUCCACCGAGUCCGAGGCUAGUUGGGGCGGUAACGUCCCGCCGCGGAACUUGGCCAGAAAGGUUGUGCUGGCGGGGUACAGCGGUGUUUGGACAGCUUCCGAUCCCUCCGAGUACGACUACAAAAUGCUCAGUGAUGGCGUCUACUGCACCACGCCCUGCACUCUCAAUAUCACAGUGUCAUCUCAGCAAUAUCCCAUGGUAGUCUCCCUGUACCACAACGAGGAGGAGGACUAUUGUGGAAGUUGUGUGGCUGUCAGCGUGGACGGGCAGCCUGCUCGCUUGAUCCGCUCCAGUGCAAAAAGGCACCUGGCCUCUUCCAAGAUCACGCGCUGGGCAUCGGAAGUCCCGGGCCCCAGUAAGGGUUUGGGCCAAAUCACCAUCACGAUUGCAUCGCCCGAGAAUGUUCUCGACUGCCCAGCCUGUCCUGACGGUUGCAGCUGCACAAACCAGCGUGUUCGCCUCGCGGGCUUCAGCGUGGAGGGCCUCGUUUGCAGUCUCUUCACCACGGAGGAUUGCCCCCUGCAGCACUGCGUCGUCAAGAGCGGCAUCUGUGAUCGCAGCUGA